AUGGUCUUCACGUCUACAUUCCAAGCCUAUUGGCAAGCAGGCGUUUUAGCCAUCUUUGGUGCUGCAGUUGCUUCGACCUUUGUGUAUGCGGUCUACCACCUAUUCUUCCAUCCACUUGCACACUUUCCAGGUCCGUUCUGGGCCAAGUUCACAUGUCUCUACUCUGGCUAUCAUGCAUGGAAAGGUGAUUUGCAUAUUGACAUGCAGCGUUGCCAUGAGAAAUAUGGGGACUUUGUUCGCUAUGCGCCGAACCAGCUCUUGAUCAAUACAUCCAUUGGGCUUCAUGACAUCUACGGCUUCGGACGCAACACUCAGAAGUCCAAGCUCUACAGUGCGAUGGUCCAUCGCGCCCCGAACACCCUCACCCUCAUCGACAAGAAGGCACACGGCCGAAAGAGACGUAUCAUCAGUCAAGGUCUUUCUGAUGCUGCACUAAGGCGGUAUCAGCCUGCUAUUCUCAAGCAUAUCAAUGAACUUUGCGGCGCACUUGUGGGUAGCAAGCCCAUCAACUUUCUUACCUUCGACAUCAUGUCCGAUGUCCUCUUCGGUGAACACUACAACAUGGUUACAAGCGAGGAGCACCGCUACGUUGUCAAAGCGAUCGAGGACUCGAACGUCCGGACAUCCGUUCUCGCUCAAGCCCCUAUUCUUGCUUUCCGGCGCUGGGACCGUACAAUCUUCGCGGAGUCCAUCCUCGCCCGAAACAGGUUCAUCCAGUUUGUGAACACCCUUCUUCAGCGGAGGUUCAAGGCGGCGAAGUCCGCACGGCAGGACGUUUUCACCUUCCUGCUGGACGCCAAGGAUCCCGAGACUCAGCAGAGUUUGUCCCUCGCUGAGAUUGGUGCUGAAACGACCACUCUUGUUGUAGCUGGCUCCGACACGUCCUCCACGGCCUUCUCCUCCUGCCUCUUCUACCUCUCCCACAACAAGGACUGGUACAACCGCGUAGCAACCGAAAUCCGGAACACCUUCUCGUCCCCGGACGAGAUCACCCUCGGUCCCCGCCUCAGCUCCUGUAUCUACCUCCGUGCCUGUAUUGAUGAAUCUCUUCGCAUGUCGCCUCCCGCCGGAUCCGCCCUCUGGCGUGAAGUCGGCCCUGGCGGCGCCACCUUCGAUGGCCACUUUAUCCCCGCCGGCUAUGACGUCGGAACCGGUAUCUACGCCAUCCACCAUAAUGAGAACUACUAUCCUGAGGCUUUCAAUUUCCGUCCUGAGCGCUGGAUUCUAGCUGGUGCGGAGGGCGAUAUUGAGGCCGUGGGUACGGCUGAUAGAGACAGUCUGGCCAAGGCCCAGGGCGCAUUCAAUCCUUUCUCCAUCGGACCGAGAGGAUGCAUUGGUAAGGGGCUGGCGUUGGCGGAGUUGACGCUGGGCAUUGCCACGAUGUUGUGGAGGUAUGAUUUUGUAUUGAGUAAGGCGAAGGGUGUGACUCUUGGUGCGGGGAGGAAGGGAUUGGGGCCUGGAAGGGAGAGGGAUAAUGAGUACCAGCUGUAUGAUCAUAUCACGGCGUCGAAGGAGGGGCCGAUGGUUUGUUUUAGGGAGAGGGAGUAG